AUGGAAAAACGAGUAGGUGUCCUAGGAGGCGGCCAACUCGGCCGCAUGCUGGUCGAGGCCGCAAAUCUUCUCGAGAUCCAAGUGAACUUCCUGGACGCGCCAAAAUCUUCAGCAAAACAGGUCAGCAACCAUGACGGGCAUGUUGACGGAUCUUUCAAGGACGCGGAAGCAAUCAAGAACCUCACGGCGAAGUCCGAUGUUGUCACGGUCGAAAUCGAACAUGUUGAUACCUACAUGCUGGAGGAGAUCUCGAAGAUAGUGGACGUCCAGCCCAGCUGGCAGACUAUCCGGAUGAUCCAGGAUAAGUUCGCGCAGAAGGAGCAUCUUCAGAAAUAUGGAGUUGCUGUCGCGCAGUCGGUGGCGUUGAAGGAGGCUUCGAUUGAGGAGCUUGAGAGCGCUGGGAAGACUGUUGGGUUGCCGCUUAUGCUGAAGUCAAGAAAGGAGGCGUACGAUGGGCGAGGGAACUUUCCUGUCAAGACGAAGGAUGACUUCAAAUCUGCUUUGGAGGCACUGGGAAGCAACCGGGACCUGUACGCGGAGAAAUGGGCGAAUUUCAGCUUAGAGCUGGCGGUCAUGGUGGUCAAGACCAAAGACGACGUCUUCUCCUUCCCAACGGUAGAGACGAUCCACGAGAACAGCAUAUGCAAACUCGUCUACGCACCCGCACGAGGCGUCUCCGACUCCAUCAACAAGCAAGCCCAAGAGCUCGCACGAAAAGCCGUCUCCUGCUUCCAGGGCAAAGGCGUCUUCGGCGUAGAAAUGUUCCUCCUCCCAGACGACACUCUCCUGAUCAACGAAAUCGCUCCUCGUCCACACAACUCCGGCCACUACACCAUUGAAGCCUGCCCCGUAUCGCAAUACGAAGCCCACCUGCGCGCGAUUCUGGACCUACCGCUCCACCAGGAAGACCUCGAACUCCGCGAACCAGCCAUCAUGCUCAACAUCCUCGGCGGCGACAGCCCCAACUCGCACCACGCAUUCGCCCGCGAAGCGCUCAAACACCGCCGCACCAAGAUCCACCUCUACGGCAAAGGCCAAGCCAAAAAGGGUCGCAAAAUGGGCCACAUCACCGUCUGCGCGCCUACAAUGCCAGAAGCCGAACAGCUGAUCCAACCCAUGAUCGAAUUCGCCGACAAGGACAAGCCAUCAUCCACCACCACCACCAAACCCACCCAACCGAACGAACAACCCCAAGUCGCAGUAAUAAUGGGCUCCGACUCCGACCUCCCCAUCCUCCUCCCGGGCCUCGCCAUCCUCUCCCGCUUCCACAUCCCCUACACCACCCGCAUCACCUCCGCGCACCGCACGCCCUCCGUCAUGGCUUCCUUCGCCUCCUCGGCCUCUUCCCAAGGCAUAAAAGUCAUCAUCGCCGCCGCCGGAGGCGCAGCCCACUUACCCGGUAUGACAGCCGCGUACACUUCACUGCCUGUGAUCGGUGUGCCGGUGAAGCCGACGGUGGGGGAUGGGAUGGACAGUCUGUUGAGUAUUUGUAAUAUGCCCAAGGGCGUGCCGGUGGCGACGGUGGGGGUGAACAAUGCUGUUAAUGGGGCGUUGCUUGCGGCGAGGAUUCUGGGGGCGGGGGAUGUUGGGGUGAGGAGGAGGGUGGAGGGCUAUAUUCGGGAGAGUGAGGAAGAGGUGAAGGGGAAGGAUGGACGGUUGGUUGAGAUGGGGGCGGAGGGGUAUGCGGAGAAGUUUUUGGGGAAGAAGUAG